UAAAGAGUUGUCGGCGCACUUGUUGAAAGCGACAACAAAAAUAGCAACAAUACCAAAGAUAUGAGUGCAGUUGGCGGCAUAAAGUGGUCAAAGGCAAAUGGCAACACUAAUUUAGUAGCAGUUUACUUGUUGUGUUUUUGUUGUUGUUUGCUUUUGUAGUUGUGUUAUUUGCUUGUUAUUGUAUCAUAAAUUUUUUUCUCAAUUAUUUGUGUCGUUUGUUAUACAAAACUCAACCGCUGCCGAAGAUGUUUUUGUCAUCGUCGUUUGUGUUGUUGUUGGCGUCGUCGUAGCAGUCGUAAUCGUAAUCGUUACCGUUGCCGUUGGUGUGUGGCAUGCGACGAUGACUAUGGGAGAAUCCGCUGCCGCCACAGCCGCUCGACACACUAUCGCAUUUGGGUAGCAUUCAAUGCCGCCGCCGCCGCCGCUGCCGCUGCCACCACUACCACUACUACUACUACCAACACAGCAUUGUGGCGAAUGUUUAUAGAUUUUCAGUCGAAUUUUGUUAUUUCACGUACAAAGUGGCGCGCGCGGGCCGCCGCUCUAGCAAAUUAAAUGAAAUCAAAUCGUGACGUUUCUUAUAACGAAUAAAUUGUGUCGAAAAUUGUAACAACAAAAAUAAUAAAAACAACAACAACAAAACAUAUUAAGGCAUAUAAUUCACUAGGUGUUUAGUGUAAAUCGUAUGGAAGCGUGCUAGUGGCAAGCAAGUGAAACAAGUGAUGUGAUGCUAUGAAAGCGCUAAUAAAUGCGUAAAUUGUCUGCCAUACUCACUAAAACAAAAUAAAUAAUUAAUACAAAAUAAACACGCAAUAAACAGCAUUUGUAAAUAUAAAACGGAAAAAAUUGCCGCGCAGCCUUGCGUGAAGAAAAACAACACAAACUAUUAUUUGUAACAGCAAAAAGGUGAAAUAAACGCAUUGCGAACGCUAAUUAAAACACAUUAAUCAAGUGCGGCACAGGGAAAAAAUACCGUUAUUGUAAAUUUGCUACAAAUAACGUGGCAGCGUACAGCGAAACGCGUUGCAUUCAUCACGCAUGCGCAUGCGCCAUCAACACUCUAAUACAAAGCGUGCAACAACUGUUGUUGUUGAACGGCUGCAUUUGGCAGUGAAAGAGCAGCAGCAGCAACACUAGUGGGAGCUAUAACCACAGCAACAUUGCCCACAUAUACUAGUGUUUAUCGCACGCGUGCGCAUACUUCGGCCCUCGCGCUCAUUUGCGCUGCUCACGGCACUCUCCCGUCGUUUAGUGCACUUUUGCUGUUCUUAGUUAAUCGUAAAGAGUUGCCAGCUGUUCAACGCCGCUGCAACUGGUAAAAUUUGCAGUUUUACUUAUCAUCGCUUCGUCCGGCGUUUGCAAACCAAAGCCUCAAAGUGGAUUUAACAAAUUAUAAUAAAUUGCUGCAAUCCAGCAAUCAAUAUUUGCGGCCAGAUUAUCUGGCCGCACCGAAUGCGGUGAGUUUUGUAUUACAACCAUGAAUUGGUCAAAUGCUUAUUCUGCUGGACGCCAAAAGCAGCCCGCUAGCUUUGCUGGCGCAGACGUGUAGCGCAAUCGGUGCGGACACAACCAAUCCCAAAUUGCUUGCUGCCAAUAUUGAGAAAUCAACCAAAUCUACAUUGAAGUCCAGCGGUGCUGAUGGACGCGAUAAAUCUUCGCCAGUGAGCAGUCAAUCAUCGUCCGUAUCAACCGGGUCCGUCGAACACAUCAAGUCCAGCUUUAAGCCGUAUGAGUCGAAUAAUAAUUUAACCAACAAUAACCAUAUGCGAGAGAGACUUGAAGCAGAAACGGAGCGCGCCACCAAUCUAAGUACGAGCGCGUCAGCGAACAAUUCAAAUCUCAUCGGUAAUGGCGGCCGAGUGCGUACACCAAAGAGUAAUGGCAGCGGUGGCAUAAUGCUAUUGAAUGGCCAACAGCAUGCAGCACAACUGCAGCAGCAACAACGUUGUGAUUCAAACCAAAGUGCCACCUCACAACGAGACUCGCCAGCGACUGGCAUCAAUGGUUUGCGAAAGAGUUCACCAAUAGGUACGGCUAGCGCAGUUAUGGAUCUGCAGCAACGCAUUAGUAAUAGUAGUAGUCCACAACAACGCGCGUCAUCUAAAGAAUCGGCAGCGUUAAGUCAUAGUAUCAGUAGCGCACAGAUUAGUCCUAGCGCUGCGGCUGCGGCAGCUGCUGCCAGCCAUUCACGUCUGCAGUCCGCUACCGACUCUGCUAUAGCUGCAGCCAAAGAGGCGAACUAUGUGAAGGCAUUGCAUGCUGCAGCCGCAGCGGCGGGCGUGCCCACAACGAGCGCGGGUUCGCUGCCAGGAAGUGCCGCUUACUAUGCUGGCUAUCCGGGUGGCAAUCCAACGAGUGGCUUGUCUUAUCCCAUGGACGUAAUGACUGCUAGUGCGCUCAUGUCACAACAUCAUCCGAUGUUCAAGGCGGCCGCAAUGCAUCCCUACUUGAAUUACGCGCGUCUGAAGGGCAUCGAUCCGGCCGCUUUGAUGACACCGAAUAUCUGUCGGGAUCCCUACUGCACCGGCUGUCCAUCCUCGCCACAUUUUCUCAACAAAGCCGCUGGCCAACCAUGCCCGGCUGGUUGUCCACAGUGUGAGAGUAACGCCGGCAAAUCAUCGUCGCUGGGUGGUGGUGGUUCUUCGGCAGCAGCUGCAGUCGCCGCAGCGGCUGCCUCAUCAUAUCAUGCACAAUUGGCUGCGCUGGCCGCCGCCUCACAAAUGCCGUACGUUUGUUCGUGGAUCAGCGCGGACGCGGCGUACUGUGGCAAGCGUUUCGGCACGUCCGAUGAACUGUUCCAACACUUGCGUACGCAUACCGCAUCGCUGCCUGAUUCAGUGCUGAGCGCUGCUGCAGCAGGCGGCAUACCACCAACGCAUCCACUCUUUCAGCGCACCUACCCAACGCCACCAUUGAGUCCCCUCUCUGCGGCACGCUAUCAUCCUUACGGCAAACCCUCCAUGCUGCCGCCACCGCUAGCUUCGGCACCUGGCGCUUUGAGUGGCCUGCCAAUGCCGCCACAUGCGGCGCUAGCGCAAUACUUCGCGCCCUAUUCUCUAUACGGACCGCCGCGCAUGGGUUCGUCCCAUCCAUAGUAGGAGGCCGUUAGCGGAAGAACGCGCGAAGUCUACAGAACGCAUUUGAAGUAAGUGGGCAGGUUUUGCUGAAUGUAUCACAUAUUCUUAAUAACUUCAGUCAAUUUUGACAUUGAAUGUCCUCACGCUGAUAAUUCCUCAAACCGGAGGGAAAUAUUGUAAAUGUAAAUGGCGCGAUUCAUAAGCCGCCUAAAGUACUAGUGAUGUAAUUUAUGGUACGUGUGUUAUGUAUGCACAUAUGUAUAUGUACAUAUGUAUAAAAUAGAGCAUGCUAAUAUUUGUACUGCAUGUAAUUA